AUACAUGAACUAUGGCGCACUUUUGUGGAAAAUGUUGAUCCUCUCUCCAAAGUUGUGCAUAUCCCCACAUUAGAAAAGGCAUUUCAUAAAGCUGCAAAUGAAGUAGACACGGUCUCGCGGAGCUUUGAGGCACUCAUGUUUGCCAUCUACAGCGCCGCCGUUAUGUCACUGAGCGACGUUGAGUGUGAGGAACGACUUCACGAGCCUCGAAAGUCUCUGAGAUCUAGAUUAAUGACUGCCACCAAGGCAGCAUUAUCGCGAGCCAACUUCAUGAGCACAUCUAGCCUUGUAGUUCUUCAGGCAUUGGUCAUUCAUAUCAUCUCAGCGCGAGACAUGUACGAGCCGCGUGCCCUUUGGACCUUGACAGGUGUGGCGGUUCGCGUUGCCAUCGGCAUGGGCCUUGAUCGCGAUGGAACACUUCUUGGGCUGCCACCAUUUGAAACAGAGCUGCGGCGACGCAUGUGGUGGUUUCUGAAAGCGCAAGAUCUACAUAAUGCUGAGCUGUGCGGCCUUCCCAAGUUUCGAGAUGUUGGCCUGAGCAGCGACUCCACAAGGCGUCCCACCAACAUCAACGACAUUGAGCUCUAUCCGGGAAUGCCUGUCUCGCCGGUGGAGUCGGGAAAUUUGACGGACAUGACGUUUCUCGCUAUAAGAUACGACCUACUCUGGUUCGCCGCCGCCCGCGUUGCCAAGUUUCGUCAUCUAGGGAAGAGUCUGAGCCAGUGGGAUCAGGAUUUCGCAUCCGAAGGUGACAAGGCGGAGACGGAUCAAAGUGUGAAGGAAAUAGAAGAGCAUCUGGAAAACAAAUACCUCCGGCGUUGCGACCCUUCGCAGCCGCUGCAGCUAAUGUCGACGCUGAUGGCACGGGCUGCGAUAGACACCAUUCGCUUCAUGACACACCAUCCACGCAGAUGGACCAGCAUCAACCAGGCGCCGCCAUUUGAGCGUCAAUGGGUAUGGGAAGUCAGCAUCAGGCUUCUAGAGCAGCGCGACAUGCUGCAGUCAAACCCCUCACUGAAGAAGUUUGCAUGGCACGCA